AAAUUUCCGCAAAGCAUCGCCCACCUUCACAACGAUUACGGUCAGUACCAAGAGCCAGAGCUUAUGGUGCAUGAUGUCUUCUAUGCGCUUGACGAGCUGUUCCAGCUUUCCGCCGCCUCCAUCGAUCAGGUGCUCGAGCUGUUGGAGGACCGCAUUCGGAGGCUUAUGCUUGGACAAUCCCCUACCGAACUGCCAGAGCUGCUGCUGGCAAAGGCGUAUGUGGACGAUCUUCGUCGAAGUGUUCGUGACACUCUGGACAUUGUGCGCCAUCGUGGCAGCUCCCACUGGCCUCGGACAAAGGAUAGUCGACUGGCCCGCAAAGCCGAGCGUGCAGCCAACGACCUUGAAUCCAAAUACGUCAGUCUGCACCGGCGAUGCGAGGAGUGCUCUGACCAAUGCUCAAACGGCAUUACGAUACUUGCUAACGCGGGAGCACGAGAACAGACGCAAAAGGCCAUCGAGCAAACGGACAAGGUUACGAAACUCACAUUUCUGGCCUACGUGUUCGUCCCAAUGUCGUUUUCGGCAUCAUUCUUUGGCAUGAAU